CAUCUUGUCAAAUGUCAAGGAUCAUAAAUACUCCAUGAAUAAAUCAUAUCUACAUGUAAAACGAUUCAUAAUAAUCAUUGCCUUUCGCUGGAUCUAUAAAAUAUACAUUGUGAAUACGAUUAAGGAACGUUGGGAACGAAUCAAUUGGAAUGCAGAUUAUGAUACACAACAAACAAAAAGUGGGAAAAUUAUACAUUGUGUUUCGGUUAAUUUACAGUUAAAUUAUGAAAAUAUAUCCCUCAUGGUGUAUCGCUUCAUUAAUCCUACAGUUUCUGCAACACCUAGUUUGUGAAAGUUCACAUUUGAAACAGAAAAGUAAUUGGUUGGAUAAAACAGCUCUGAAUGAAACACUAAAAAGGAUUACUGUAACAAAAAAGACUGAAUUUGAACCCGUUGUUGAAUUUCAUGACGAUUUAAAAUUAUAUUUUCAAAUUAAUUCUCAGUUUGAUAACAGUUCCAAUGUUCGUUUAAAAAGGGACACAUCAGGUAUCAUAGAAGCAAACAAUAUACAGGCAGAACGAAUUAAAACGAACAAAUUGUAUUCAAAACACGUAACAGCAGAUAUUGUAAAAGCUAACAAUGUAAAGACUAUCAUCAUUUCAAUUGGCAAAGCGUUCUCUCUCCGGAAAGCUCGGGGGGAGUCAGAUGAUCGGGAGACAUUUGUAUUAAACAGAAAUGGGAUAGAUCCAACAGAUACUUCUGUUACAAUCGUACUGAAGCGUGACGAUAGUGAUUCUGUUAAUAUAAACGGAUUUAACUCGGAUACAUUAAGACCGAAAAUAUACGCCAGUCAAAAAAGUCUAUAUGUUAGAAAUCCCGUGAAUAAAACGGAAAAAUUAUCUAAUCUUGAUACGAAACAAAACGCAAUGAAUAAUAUUAAGACAACUUCGACAUUGGGUUCUCUGUUGCAAAAUACGUAUAUACAAAAACACCAAUCAAGUAAACACGACCAACUAUCUAGAAUAAAACCACUCAAAUCAACAUUUGUUAAGAGAAAGGAUCGACCCAUUAAUACAACAUUUCGUAGUGAAGUAGUUUCGAAUCUACAAAAGAAGAAGAACAUGAGGCAAAACUGGAGAAAAAAGAAUUUCAUGCUCGGGGGACAAAAAGAUUUGCAGAACUCAGCAAUGAUAAGAAAUACAAUGAACUUUCAAGGUAAUAGUUUAUCACCAUUUGGUAACACGUCUAUACAAUUAAGAAAUAAGCCAACUCAAAAGAAAAAUAUGCUUGAGCAUAAACUAUUCAGAAAAGAAAAGCCAAUUCUUACGCCAACUGAUCGAGUUCUGAAAGCUCGCAAACUAACCAAGUAUUCUGAUCUUGCAGAUGUUCGUUCUGACGAGGAGACAGAUGGUAUCCUGAGGGCAGACGAUACACAGACAAAUCAACUUACAACAAAUAAUUUGUUUGCCAAAAAAGUGACAGCAGAAACAAUAAGGGCGGGGAAAAUUAAAUCAGCGCACAUUUCUAUAGGCAAAUCUCCAUUACAGAAAACAAACUGGUACAAAGAUAACCGCGAAAUGUUCAUUUCAAACAAAAAUGAAGAAGUUCAUAUGGAGCCAUCUGUAUCAAUAAUGCUAGGUAGCAAUGGACCUCACCCUAUCAGCAUCAAUCAAUAUACAGCUGAUGAUAUGCAUUUGUUGAAUCGUAAAAAUGAAUUUGUCAGGAAACCUUUUAAUGACGAAAAUCAUCCUUCAAGUCGUAAUAGAAUAAGUAACGAUAAAAACACUUACAAGAAAAGACCACCAUUGGUAACUCCGUCGCCAACAAAUAUAAUCAACGAAAUAAAUAGAUUAAAAUUAAAAUAUAAGAAUAACGAUUUAAUUCAAACUGAUGGUACCCAACACGAGAAUUCUUUCAGUGAUUUUGACAGUUUUGAAAUAGCAAGUGAGGAUGAUUAUAAUGAAAUCCACCAGUCUUCAAAAGCUUUCAAACAUGCAAAGCGUAUUAAUUAUUAUGAUUCAUUUUACAACAAUUUUGGAAAUGAGUUUUCAAGCAGCGAAGAAAACGGUAAAGAAAAAGAACUGGAUAUUAAUUUUAAACAAGCGGACGAAUUAACAAGUGAUAUUUCAGCCAAAGAUAAGGACAAAGUAUAUUCAACAAGUAAACAUUUACUAAUUUCGGAAGCGGAUGAUUUUUUAUUCAGUUGAAUCGACACCUAUUAUUAUUACAGUUAGCAGCAUAAACAUGUGUUUUACACUGAGUGUACUAGUUGAAAGACCAUCACGUGUCGAGUAACGAAUUCCAAAUAAGGAAAAGAGGGAUAUGCAGAGAAGGAUUGAAAUGAUUUCUACAAACAGCAGUUCCAUCAAGUAAAAUCAUAAGUUUAAUUGUCAUGAGUUCAACUUUUAUGAAGCAUAAAGACAUAUAAAGGGAAAAUCUGGUGCAGAAAAACUGGUACCAUUAACGUUAUUAUUACCACCAAUUCGAUACCUCUGAAGGUGGUCCGCGAGAAUAUCACAGGCUUAGUACUGGCUCACUGGCAUACAAAUUUUGUUUAAGAUUAAAAUUUGCUGUCACAGUUUUUUGGAAAUUUUCUUUAAUUAAGGAAUAUAUCUCCCUCAUGCAAUACUCCAAUUCCGUGUCCGACUUCGGCUUUUCUUUUUUUUUUUUAUUAAAAGUCCUUCAUUACUUUAAAAUUGUUCGGUUUCAAAAAAUUUGGUCUCGAGCACCACUAUACAUCUAUUGUCGAAACAAGACUGGGUUAUUCAGAGUUUA